AUGACACAGUCUUAAAGAGUAAACCAAAUCCCUAAUUAUAUGAAAAGUCUAGGUAGCUCUUUCUACAUUUAUUUAGCUGAUGCAUUAUUCAAAAUUGGAAAAAGGGAUGAAUCAAAGUAAUGGUACAUAAAUGCCAGAAAUGCUGGCUUUGAUAAAGAUAUUAUCGAUAAUAUCAUGAAGGAACUUAUAUGA